UGAAGUCUUCGAUCCGCGGUCAGGUCGGUGGAUGCGAGAGCGGAGCGGCUGAAGUGAUGAUGGCGGCAGCGCUGGAGAGAGGAGGGCUUCGGGCCGCCUUCCUGAACCCGGGCAGCGGCGGCGGCGGCGGCGGAGCGGCUCCCACAGCGGCGGCAGCGGCGGCGGCGGCAGGCGGAGCGGCGUUCUCGGCGUCCGGAGCGGUGCUGUGGGGCUCCGCGGGCUCCGGAUCCAUGCCCGUCCCCAUGAACCUCUUCGCCACUUGGGAGAUCGACCGCUCCUCUCCGAGCUGCGUGCCCCGGUUGUGCAGUCUGACGUUGAAGAGGCUGAUCGUGUUGAAGGAGCUGGAUAAGGAUUUGAACUCGGUGCUCAUCGCUGUGAAGAUUCAGGGCUCCAAACGAGUGUUGCGAUCAAACGAGUACAUCCUUCCUCCCAGUGGCCUGAUGGAGACGGAGCUGGAGCUCACCUUCUCUCUGCAGUAUCCUCACUUCCUGAAGAGAGACGCCAACCGCCUGCAGAUUAUGCUACAGAGAAGAAAACGCUACAAGAACAGAACCAUUCUGGGCUACAAGACGCUGGCGGUGGGAGUCAUCAACAUGGCCGAGGUGCUGCAGCAUCCCACAGACGGAGGACAGAUUCUGGGUCUCCAUAGCAACAUGAAGGACGCGCCAGCACGCGUGGCUGAGAUUUGCGUGUUCUCGCUGUCCAGUCAACCCAUCGACCACGAGUACGGCAGCGGACAGACGGGAGCCAAGACCAAAGCCUCGGAUCGGUCUCCUGACAUGGAUAAUUACUCAGAGGAUGACGAUGACAGUUAUUCAUCAGAGCAGGAGGGCAGUGAUGAUGCAGGACACGCACAGGAUUUGUACGAUGAAGAUGAUGACAUACGAAAGCCAAAAAAACCCAGACGGAAAAUGAUCCGAUCGGUCUCAAUGACACGACAACCCAACUUCAAGCAGAAGUUUGUGGCCUUACUGAAGAGAUUCAAAGUCACAGAUGAGGUUCUGGACUCAGACCCGGUGGAUCAGACGCAGGAGGUGGAGGAGGAUCUGGACCUGCUGUAUGACAGUCUGGAGGUUUUUAAUCAGAGCGACAGCGGCCCGGAGCUCGAGGACAACGAGAGCGUCCUGAGCACCCCGAAACCCAAACUCAAGCCGUUUUUUGAGGGCAUGUCUCACUCCAGUUCUCAAACAGAGAUCGGCAGCAUUCACAGUCACAAUCAACACCGGGACGCAGCGUCCAACAUGGCUGCUGACUUCCUGUCGGUGGAGCGCUGUAAGACGGCCGGCUCGCGGCAGCAGGAGGACAGCAGUAUGGACACCAGCGGCGGGGAGGUGGAUGCAGAGCAUCAUGGGAUAGUAAUGGCAGAUAUUUCUGAGCCCAGCAGUGAUCGAUUGAACGGCUCCGGUGGGAAACUCUGCAAAACUGAGUCCCAGAAUCACACCAGUCCCAGUAAAGGGGAGAGCAGGGUCCCGCGGCGCACGCGCAGCACAUCCAUGAAGGACAGACAGAAUUCACGAGCUCAGAGCGACCGCACCACCAGCGUGGACAGCGAGUAUUCGCCCGACAGCCGCUUCACAGCACAGGUGCCCAGAAAAUCAGUGUAUGACCAGUUGAAUCAGAUCCUGAUCUCAGACGAGAGACUCCCAGAGAACAUCAUCCUCAUCAACACAGUGGACUGGCAGGGCCAGUAUGUGGCCGAGGUUCUGCAGAAACACACUCAGCCCAUCGUGUCGACCUGCUCCGCCGCUGACGUCCAGGCCGCAUUUAACACCAUCGUCACACGCAUUCAGAGAUUCUGUAACUGUAACGCUCAGACUCCGCCCACAGUGAAGGUGGCGGUGGCGGGCGAUCAGUGUUAUCUCAGUACAGUGCUGCGCUUCUUCGUGGAGCAGCUGGCCAAUAAGACGCCGGAUUGGCUGAGCUACAUCCGCUUCCUCCUCAUCCCCAUCGGUUCUCAUCCUCUGGCCAAGUACGUGUCGACAUUCGACAGUAAAUUCAACAGUAUGUUCAUGGACCCGUCGUGGAAGGAGCUGUUCUGCCGGUCGGAGCCUCCCAGCGCAGAGACUGUCGAUGUCGCUGGACGGAUCAUCCAGUAUUUGGCUGGAGCGAAUGUGUCUCAUCAGUUUCCCAUCUCUGAAGCCAUGCUCACCUACAGACAGAAGAGGAAGAGAAGUUUGUAUUUUGAUUUUUACAUCAGUCCGGAUGAAGAUUCGUGCCAAAAAUUUGUGCCAUUUAUCGGGGUGGUGAAGGUGGGAAUCGUCGAACACAGUCUGUCCACAUCAGUGGAUUCUGAUGAUGCCAUGGGCGGGAAUGUGGGUGUGGUUUCUUCGCCCAUGCCGCAGUCGGCCACGCCCUACGGGAAGGAGAUGUGUGUGACUCCGCCUCCAUCUCCCUCAGCGUGUGCGGUUUUCACCGGAGUGGGUACUGACCUUCAGAAGCUACAGAAGAUACUUACAUGUUUCCCAGAAGACAAAAUAAGUUACAUUUACCCUGAUCUUCAAAUUCAAAAGUUUUCACCCCCAGCUCUUAAAGCAUCGCGUUUCCUUCUGAAGCAUCAUUCUCCGUGCACAGGUGGGGAGCUGAUGGGUCUUCAGGUGGACUACUGGACGUGGCAGAGCGGAGAGAAGAAGCGCGAGGGCGAGAAGCGUGACGUGGGUCUGAAGAACACGCUGAAGAGCAACUUCCGCUCGCUGCAGGUCAGCCGUCUGCCCAGCGGGGGCGACACCAGCCCUCCUCACAGCAUGGCCAUGACCGUCGUCACCAAAGAGAAGAACAAGAAAGUGAUUUUUCUCAGUAAGAAGCCGAAGGAGAAGGACGUGGAUUCUAAGAGUCAGGUGAUCGACGGCAUCAGCCGCCUCAUCUGCACGGCCAAACAUCAGCACACCAUGCUCAGAGUGUCCAUCGAUGGAGUCGAGUGGAACGACGUCAAGUUUUUCCAGCUGGCCGCCCAGUGGCCGACUCACGUCAAGCACUUCCCGGUCGGCGUGUUCGGAUACAGCAAACCCGUGUGACGUCACGUCUGUAAGCGUGUACUGAAGGAGAAGAGCCGCCGCGGGACGUCCAGAGACGAGUUUCCCAUGGAAACCUGACUGUCUCCGGUUCGUUUAUAUCGUCGUGUGUUUUCAGUUUUUUACACUACAGAAGAGCUCGUAUUUUCUAUGAAGACGGCGGCCGUCGGUCACGUAUAUUUUUAGGUCGUGAUGAACCGAUCGGUGACGGAUGACAAACGCGAAGCACUUUCUCUUGAUUUUGCUACUUUAUAAUUUCUGUGAAAUCCUGUGUAGAAAGCGGUCCGGCGCACGAUGGGACGGAGACCGAUCAGGCGCGUGUCGACGGGCCGCGUCGAGGCGUUUUGCUGUGAAUUUAAAUGGAUUUUUUACCCUAAAUGUAAACGCUGUUUGUGGUAUUUUGUCGGUGAAUCUGAAACUAUAAACUGAACCUGCCUUUGAAAGCACACGCCGCAGAAGAUGACGCUGACGAGCAGGGUAUUUCACACACAGCACAGCUGUUCCCCGACACUUUACUGAAGAGCUUCCUGUUCCUUACAGGCCGUUCACACCAAGACCCGUUAUAAAGAUUUAAUAAUCGCUCCCAGAGAUUUGCAAGUUCACAACUCUAAUAACAUGAGGAACGAUACUGCUGGAAUCACUUUUGCUUUUUCCAGCUGAUGAGUAAUAAACACACUGUCAGCCAAUCAGCAGGGCGACUCUCAGUUCCUGUUGUGAACGGCCUUUACAUUCAUCCAGCAGCACACGCUCUUCUGUUGUGUGUCGUACAGGACAAACACACUCAUGUUCAUUACCAGUGAAUCACAGGUCUGAUCAUGUGAAUACACACCUCAGUCAGAGGAAACGCUGUGUUUAUUUUGAGGUGAAUGAAGGUGCGGCUGUGAGGGAACGUUUCAUUUUGAUAAGCCAUAUUCAGUCAGCAGCACACGUGUCUCUCACAGCUGCGUUUCCACUGACGGAUUCGCUCUGAUUGGGCUCUUCCUGAUGGCGGUGCAGCGAUCGGCCUCAUUUGUGCAGGGUUUCUGCUGGUUUGAUGAAGGUCAGUUUAAAACCAAAUGCGUAAAAUGUCAAGAAAUAAAUGGAAGGGAACAUAAUAUGCCAAUAUGUAUUAGCAAUGCUUCAGAGUUUAAAAAGACAACUUCAAACAGAUCUACAUUACCUUUUGAUUUUACAAAAAAAAAACUAAAACAACUUUUACUGUAAUUCUGAUCUCACUGCAGCGCUGUUCUUCACACUGCAAAACAUGAUUUUCUUAGUAUUUUGUCUUGUUUUCUAGUGUAAAUAUCGAAACAUUCUUGAAUCAAGAUGCAUCUACUUGACAAGUAAAAUCACUUAAAGCGAGACACUGCAGGUGAACAGGGUAAAAAAGUUAACUAAUAGUUAUCACCUUACACAGUUGAUUGAUUACACUGAUAAUUGCAAACAUUUUUGUAUUAUAAGUUUCUAAAAUGUAAGGUUUAAAUAUGCAAAUGAGGCAUUAUUUGAUUAAAUAUGCACUCAUUUGCAUACAUUUCUAGUACAAAAAUCUGAACACUGAAUGAAGUCAGUUUCAAAAUUCUUGUUUUUUUUUUAUACGUAUUAGAGUCAAAUGUUUUUACAGAGGGAAUUUUGGGUAUCUCAUUUUGUCACACCAUAAUUCAGAAAAAACAGAAAAUUACUUUUUACAAUUUUUGGGGGGAAUAAAAUGUAUAAACUCAAGCAAAUUAUAUAUGAACAAAUCCCUCUGUGAAAACCUUCAGGAUACAGACACGAAUAAAGAUGUCUGGUGUGGUGUGUGUAAGUGCUGCUGAAGUGUUGAUUUAUGGCUCAUUGUAGGAGAAAAAAAUAAUUUUGAGAAAAUGGGCUUUAAAAAUAUGUAUUGUCAUUGAAAUCAAAUAGAUAAAGUGCUAUAGAAAGAAACACUUAACAAUGUCUUUUGGAUGUUUUCUUUCCACUAGUCUGAAAAACUGAAAAGCCCAAAAUCUCAAACUUGACAGGUGCAUGAAAAAACUGUUUUUGUCCACAGCGUCUCCUCUUAAGAUAUUAGUCUUGUUUUUGGGGAAAAAAAAAAAAAAAAAAAAAUUUAUUCGUUUUUGCUUAAAACAAAUAAAAAUAUCUGCAAUGGGGUAAAAACAGUAAUCUUAAUUCAAAGCCUAAACAAGCUUAUUUUUCUUGCCCCACUGCAGAUAUUUUUUACUUGUUUUAGCCAAAAACUAAAACUUUUUUUUUUUUUUAGAAAAAAAGGCAUAAUAUCUUAAGUCGUUUUACUUGUAAAGUAAAUUUGUCUUGAAUCAAGAAUUUGUAGAUAUUUAUACUACAAAAAUACUAAGAAAGAACAUCAUUUUUUGCAGUGCAUUUGUCUUGUUUUCCAGUGCAAAUAUCAAAAGAUUCUUAAAUCAAGACACAUUUACUGGAGAUGCAAAAUGAAAUAAAAUAAUAGGUCUUGUUUGAUGAGAAACUGAUCAAAUAUCUGCCAACAGAUUUAGAAAAAUCAGCUUCAUUCAAAGGGAAACAAGUUUUUAUUCCUUAUUGACAGAUAUUAGUUCUUGUUUUAAUCAUAAACUCACUUUAUUUUGAUCAGUUUCUCAUCAAACAAGACUUUAAUUUUUUGUUCUCAAGUAAUUAAGGAUGUUUAGAUAUUUGUACUAGAAAAAAAGGACAGAAAUACUGAGGAGGAUUCUCCUUUUUUGCAGUAUGUGCAACAAUUAAUGCUAUGAAUUUAAGACUUUCUGCUUUGAUUUAAAAGCUUUCAAAACAUUAAUUUGUGUAAAGGUGAAUUAAGACCUGCAGGAACCCUGCACAGAAUCAAUGAUUCAAACUCAUGCAUCAUGGGAGAUUGAGAGUGUCAUCAGUGUUCUUACAGUUCGGUCUGAAUCAUUUCAGUACUGUGGAUUGUAGGUUUAAAUAAGAAAUCUAAGUCUUGGUUUCACAGACCAGGCUUCUUAAGGCUAGUCUGUAUGUUUGAGCCGUCUUGCUCCGACACAUCUUAAAAUAUGCCAUUGUUCUGUCUCAAAAUGCACAUUUGUAACAUCUUAUUCUAAUGCGUUUUUAUAAAAGCUGCUUAAAUAUGAUAGUUUAACUAAGGCCUAGUCCUGGCUUAAGUCUGUGAAACCAGGUCUGAGUGUUUUUCUUCAGUUCUCCACUCAGUUCCAGUCGUAUAACGGCACAAAUCACGUUUCAGACGCUGAUCUGAGUCUUCAGUGUUUGGGAGGAAACGGCCUUCAUCACAUGCUGAAUCAGUGUUUGUGUUGAGUGUGUUUUAUUGUUGGACUGAUUGGAUCAGACGAGACGUGUGUGUGUUGAAUGUUUAACGGUGCUUCUCAUGUGUUUUGCUGUGAUUGUUUUAACGCUGUUGCUCAUUGUGUCAUUUAUGCUGAUGAAUGUAUUCAGAUGGUUAGAGUCCGUCCUCGUUACUUCAGUGUUGUACCUUUUGUUUUUACUCCCAAAAUGACCACUUCAGAUGCCAAAAAACAGAUUCCAGUUCCUGAAAGCUGCUUCAUCGGCACCAGAUUCACAUGCAGUAUUUGCACUUUUACUACAGUAAGAUGAGUUCUGAACGUACGAGCACAUCGAGCGGCUGCAGCGGCUACAGCACUUUGAUUUAAAGAGACGGUUCGACCUAAAAAUCAUCACUUACUCUCCCUCAUGUAUUUCAAACCUGUAUGACUGACUUUCUUCUGUGAGAAGAUAAUUUGAGAAAUGUCCUAGUGUUUUUUGUCCAUGCAGUCCCAAUGUUCUUCAGAAUAUCUUCCUUUAUGUUCACAUAAGACUUUUGAGUAAAUGAUGAUUUUUGGGUGAACUGUCACUUUAAGAACCACUAUGAACUCUUUCUCUUGACACGAAGGAGUGCGUGUACGUCUGUUCCACGACGAACUCCGGUAUCUCGUCACGUGUGUUUUCUGAACAGGUCACGUGUCGCGUGACUCUGUAUGCUCUACGCCGACACUCCGCUGCGGUUCGUAUACGGGACGCGACUGCAGCACCUUUGCACAAAAACUCAUUUUUAAAUGAUGUGACUUUUUAAUGUUGUACCUU